AUCGAAGGGAAGGGAAGUGAAGGGGCAGCGGCAGCGGCAAGAGAUCAAUUUCCAAUUGCAACACGUACACAUACAUACGUCCGAUAUAUAUGCUAAUAUCCGAAGAUAAAGAACCAGCUGAUGAAGGUCGCAUUCACAUCGCAGAUGAACAAUGAAAACAAUCAUUUUCACAAUGUGGUCGAUGGCGAAAUGACCCUACUGUCCAACAUCCUCGACUGUGGAGGCGGCAUUCCCGCCCAGCGCCUCGCCCGCCUGCUGCGCCAGUCCAGCUCAUCAGGAUCGACCCCAUCCGGAUCAGCAUCCGGGCCAUUUGAAUCCAAAUCCAUGCUGGAGCCGACAACCUCGCACAUCCUGCCGACCGGACGAGUGCCAAUCCUGCACGAUUUUGGUUCCUCGUCAACAGAAUCGCCGCUAACGGGAACGUACCUCCUCGAUGGCGUGGCCAGUGUGGCCGAGAUGGCCCUGGAGCCCACAGUCAGGGACAUCCUGUCCGAUCCGGAUCCGGACAAGGUUCUCAGCAAUCUCAACGCCAGCGCACCCUGGAAUUUAACGCUUGCCUCGUCGGCGGCCACCAAUUUCGAGAACUGCUCGGCGCUUUUUGCCAACUACACCCUACCGCAAACUGGUCUCUACUGCAAUUGGACAUGGGACACAUUGCUCUGCUGGCCACCCACUCCGGCCGGAGUCCUGGCCCGGAUGAACUGCCCUGGCGGCUUUCACGGCGUGGAUACGCGCAAAUUCGCCAUCCGCAAGUGCGAACUGGAUGGCCGGUGGGGCAGCAGGCCCAAUGCCACGGAGGUGAGUCCGCCGGGAUGGACGGACUACGGGCCGUGCUACAAGCCGGAGAUUAUCCGCCUCAUGCAGCAGAUGGGCAGCAAGGACUUCGAUCUCUACAUAGACAUAGCCAGAAAGACUAGAACGCUGGAGAUCGUGGGCCUCUGCCUUUCGCUGUUCGCCCUAAUAGUUUCUCUGCUGAUCUUCUGCACAUUCCGCUCCCUGCGGAACAAUCGCACCAAGAUCCACAAGAACCUGUUCGUCGCCAUGGUGCUGCAGGUGAUCAUCCGGCUGACUUUGUAUCUGGAUCAGUACCGGCGGGGAAACAAGGAGGCGGCCACCAACACCAGUCUCUCAGUCAUUGAAAACACGCCCUAUUUGUGCGAGGCCUCGUAUGUGCUUUUGGAGUACGCCCGUACCGCCAUGUUCAUGUGGAUGUUCAUCGAGGGUCUCUAUCUGCACAACAUGGUGACGGUGGCCGUUUUCCAGGGCAGUUUUCCCCUCAAGUUUUUCUCGCGUCUCGGCUGGUGUGCCCCCAUCCUGAUGACCACCGUUUGGGCGAGAUGCACGGUGAUGUAUAUGGACACUUCGCUGGGCGAAUGCCUGUGGAACUAUAAUCUCACACCAUACUAUUGGAUCCUCGAAGGACCGCGACUGGCGGUUAUACUGCUAAAUUUUUGUUUCCUGGUGAACAUAAUACGGGUGCUGGUGAUGAAGUUGCGCCAAUCGCAGGCCAGCGAUAUAGAACAGACUCGAAAAGCGGUCAGGGCCGCGAUAGUCCUACUACCACUUUUGGGUAUUACCAAUCUCCUGCACCAGCUGGCCCCUCUGAAAACGGCCACGAACUUUGCCGUCUGGUCGUAUGGGACCCACUUCCUCACCUCGUUCCAGGGAUUUUUUAUAGCUCUUAUUUACUGCUUUUUAAACGGCGAGGUGCGGGCAGUGCUGCUGAAGAGUCUGGCCACCCAGCUGUCGGUGCGAGGUCAUCCGGAGUGGGCGCCAAAGAGGGCGUCCAUGUACUCCGGUGCCUACAACACGGCACCGGACACGGAUGCAGUGCAGCCGGCGGGUGAUCCAUCGGCUACCGGAAAGCGAAUAUCACCGCCGCAUAAAAGGUUGAACGGAAGGAAACCGAGUAGCGCCAGCAUUGUGAUGAUCCAUGAGCCGCCACAGCGGCAGCGAUUGAUUCCUCGGCUGCAGAGCAAGGCCCGGGAAAAGGGCAGGGAUCGGGCGGAGAGGGCGGAUGCGGAUGCGGAUGCGGAAACGAACACGAAAACGGAACCGGAACCGGAUCCGGCCAUCACGCGCAUCCACAGCAAGGAAUCGACGGCGGGAAGCACGGGAUCGCGUAGCAAUCGCGGCUCCAAAUGGAUCAUGGGCAUCUGCUUCCGGGGUCAAAAGGACAAAUGUGUGAUGCCAGGUUCCCAAAAGACGCAGCAAAUAUUUAUGACGUCACAACUGGCACCGACGUCGACGCUGGCAGCGGUAGCAACAACAAUAACCACAACAACAACAACCGCAGCAGCAAAAACCACAAUAGCAACAAUCGCUACAAUCGCAACGAUAACAAAAUCGAAGGCAAAAGCCAAAGCGAUUGCAAAAGGUCAUCAAAUGCCGAAAUCUUAAAGGAUAUCGAUCUCUAUUUCUUGCAAGCGCAACUGUACUAAGCGAAACUAAAAUGCUGAAAAGUGUGCACGUUUUUUGUAUGCAGCGGCUUCGAUUAUACCGCUAAAAGUUUCGAUAAAUAUCGAUUAAUAUACAUUAUAUCCAAUAUUUUUUGUAUACUUACCAACGAAGUGGUGGAUCACAAUUUUUUUGCAUAUACAUCCGUAUAUACAUAUUUAUAUAUUUAAAGAGAAUGUGUAAUGAGUGUAUUGAUGAAUGUAAUUGUUAAUUUUUUUUUUGAAUAAGCUCAAAUAACAUAAAUGUAACGGUAUUUACAUAAAGCAUAGAGAAAACAUAUUUACAUACUUGGUAUUUACACUGUCGCAUGCAAAAGAGAAACCUGAUAGAAAUAUCGGAGCAUAUAUCGUAUAUUGAAUAUACACGCAUAUAUAUUAAAAAUAAACACGUAAAGAGAGUACAAAGCACUUGGAAUGGUAAAGAGGAACAAGAAGAAAAUAAACGGAAUUUGAGCGUAUCACUAUGUCACACAUCAUCUGAUCUCUGAUCAGCGGGAAUAUUGGAUAUUCACCCUAACGUUAAGCUUACUAUGCAUUUUUAAAUGUAAUAUUUUGUGUGUGAAGCCGCGUCGGUUUUGAUUUAUUUACUCUGUUUCCGUUUCGCUUCACGCAAUUUUCAAAACUAAGAAUUCAAGCCGAAUUUAAGAAAUGGAACCUAAAAAAAACCAGAACACCCAGUGUUCGAUGGCAAACUAUUACGUGUAUAAGGCUAAAUGGAAAAUGAAUAAACAUGAUUUUAUAUGCAUACAUACUAAA